UGAAAUUACGCAUGCGCGAAGAAGGGAGGGGGUAGACUUCGGGUUAUACCCGAUGUUAAAACUUAUGCUGACUUUAGUAUAGCUUUUGUAAUGAAAAGACAAUCACAAAUGUUAGUGGCUUGCAGAGAGUCACUUUUUUUUCAUCGGUAUCGAUACACGUGAACUCUCCCCAGGAAAUAUUCCCGCUUCGCAAUUUUGAAGGUUGACAUUUCCCUGCGCAUCGCUCCUGCCAUGGGAAUUGAAAUGCUCACUAUUUGGAUUUUACCUAUUAAAUUGCAUACCAUGGAGUGAACUCUAGAGUCAAUUAUGAAAAUUAUCGAACUUAUUGUCGUGACUGGGAAGUUGCUCGGAUUAAUAACCAUCACAGGAUUUCUGACAGUCAUAGCCCUCAUAUCGUGGCUGUUGGAGUUUUUCCUUCUUGUUGUUCCACCCAUAGGUUUACUUCUAGUACAAAAAAGCCGGAUAUCAAUCAGCUCUUCCAUCGCAUGGUGUGGUCAGAUGACGUGUCGGCUUCUGAGUAGAAUAUCAUCGAUGUGCCCGAGUGAAUCGAGACUGGUGAUUGCUAGUAGCUGCACCAUCGAAUUUCCAUCAAACUCACCAUCUUAUAAUCACAAAAUUGGAAUUGGUGUUGUGCCAGUUUCGGUGCCUUAUACAAUGAGGAAUAUCGACACUGAACAUCUUGAGGAAUUUCAUGGAAACGAUAAUGAGGAAAUACUUGGGGAACAGGGGACUGAAGAGAAUCAAAUAUAAAUGGUAUCUAGAAUGACUCCUGCCGGCGUAAUAGAGAGGCAAAUAUUUCAUCAGAUGUCAUUUUUUUCUUUUUAAAUUAUGAUGACGAAAUAAAAUUGUGACAUUGCCAAUGGGGAUUGCGCUUUGAAGGGGAUAGAUGCGAACAGUGGUACAGUUAUGGCUUUAAAUACUGCCUACUGGGAAGACUUCAAUUGAGCAAUUGAGAAAUCCUAAAAAUACGUUUUUUCACCAACUUUCGUUAAAGGUUUUUUAAAACAUUUUGUAAGUUUCCUGUCCCAGUCUGAAUUACACCGGUAGGUCGAAAUCGAAAUUCCUUGUUAAAAAUGAAAUCAGAUGCUAAUUUUAUUCAUGUUGAUUCAUCUAAAGAGAAGCCCUGUCAGAAAGAUUAACGAGAAUGAAAUAUCACUAGUCACAAAAACCAAUUUCUCGAGGAAUGUCUACUUGAAACUCAUUUCAUGUGCUCCACGCACAACAAUGUUUUGAAUUUGUAGGGAAGCCGAUGCUUCCCAACUGUCGUGUAAUACACCAAGUUUUGAAUUUACCAGUCAACUCACUUGGGAAUACUUCGAAGGAUAUUCGUUAAUAGAACUACACUCAAGUUUAUAAUGACCUUCCAGCGUACACAAAAACAAACCAAGAAUAUAGAUGCACCACAAGAUGAUUUUCACGUUGACCUAGUGAUUGCACUGUUCGGAUGAUACAGUUCUCGUUAUAGGUAACCAAAUAUGUAUAUUUUUUAAAAUUGUGGAUCUUGAAAUGAAUUUAAAAAAUGUCUUCUCAAAAUUACCAAUAGAGGAAUAUUUUAUACUGUCAGGUUCUUCCUCUCAGUGUAAGAAACCACACUCAUUUGACUCUUAUAACACCAUAUGAGAAUAUAUUUUUUUUCCUAGCAGAUUUAAUUUUCAUGUUGAACACCUCGUGAAGAUAAGUCCAAGAAGUACCCGAGGUUGUGGUAGCCACGAACGAUUUUCCUUCAAAAGAUUCAGAGGGCUUUUACAUCACACAGAGAAAACACAAUUAUUCGUCCCGCUCAUUAUAAGAGACAAUGGAAUCUGUUGGUUGGGGAAACUAUGUCUACUAUGCAAUCUUUAGAUCCCCACCAGUACCAAACAAAGGAAACUGACGCACCAUUCUCCCACAUACUUUGUUGGGGUGAAUUUCAUUUCGCUGUUAUGCACCCUGUAUUUAACUACAUUCCGUGGUUAUUCAAAGCACCUUUUUGCUUAAAUUAGUUGAGUAGGUCAAUGAAAUGUUGUGGGAUAUUAAGGAAGAUUGCAUUCUGAUCCGAAAAUCCUCCAGCAGAUCAAGUUUUUCUCGGGAUUGUAAAUUUUACACGCUGAAAAAAUUUUCAUAGUGUAUUCUGUCCAUCUGGAAUAGCUCGUCCUUCUCUGAUUCCGAUCUAUAACAGUACAAACGCAUAAAUUAAGUUAGUGUCUUAAAACAUGUGUAUAUGAAAAUAUACUUAUAUUUUGCUCAU